CUAAAAGAUAGUGAAACACUGAAACGCACUGGAGAGUCUCAAAGCUUGUAGAGUGAGAAAAAGGGGGCUCGCUCCAAAAUCCACUCUAAAACCCUCUAAUUCCUAGAGCGAGAAAGAGGAGGCAUUCUAGAGAGAGAGAGAGAGAGAAGGAGAAGAAGAUGGAAGGAGCUUCGUACCAGCGAUUUCCGAAAGUGAAGAUCAGAGAACUGAAGGACGACUACGCCAAGUUCGAGCUCCGGGACACCGACGCCAGCAUGGCCAACGCCCUCCGGCGAGUGAUGAUCGCCGAGGUCCCCACCAUCGCCAUCGACCUGGUCGAGAUCGAGGUCAACUCCUCCGUCCUCAACGACGAGUUCCUCGCCCACCGCCUCGGCCUCAUCCCGCUCACCAGCGAGCGGGCCAUGGGCAUGCGCUUCUCUCGUGACUGCGACGCCUGUGACGGCGACGGCCAGUGCGAGUUCUGCUCCGUCGAGUUCCAUCUGAGGGCCAAGUGUAUCAGUGAUCAAACCCUAGAUGUCACCAGCAAGGACCUCUACAGCUCUGACCACACUGUGGUCCCUGUCGACUUCUCCGAUUCUUCCUCCUCAGGUCUCGACCCUGAGCAGAGGGGGAUCAUAAUUGUGAAGUUACGUCGUGGGCAAGAGUUGAGGCUGAGAGCCAUUGCCAGAAAAGGAAUUGGCAAAGACCAUGCAAAAUGGUCUCCUGCAGCGACUGUUACCUUCAUGUAUGAACCGGAAAUUCAUAUCAACGAAGAUUUAAUGCAGUCUUUAUCACUGGAAGAGAAAACGAAUUUUGUUGAAAGUAGUCCUACCAAAGUGUUUGAUAUUGAUCCUAAUACCCAGCAGGUGGUAGUGGUUGAUCCUGAGGCAUACACUUAUGAUGAUGAAGUGAUCAAGCAAGCAGCAUCUAUGGGGAAGCCGGGACUUGUGGAAAUCUAUGCCAAAGAAGACAGUUUUGUGUUCACAGUGGAAUCCACUGGUGCAAUUAAAGCUUCUCAGUUGGUCCUCAAUGCAAUAGAAGUUCUGAAGCAAAAGUUGGAUGCAGUUCGCCUGUCAGAGGAUACUGUAGAAGCUGAUGAACAGUUUGGUGAAUUGGGUGCACAUAUGCGAGGGGGAUGAUUAUUUCUAAGACCACAUUUCUCAGUUGAUAAGUUUUUAGGUGAUCAAUUGGCUUCUGUUUGCUUCUUGGAACUCUGUCUUCAGCUAGUAGGCUGAACUCUAUGCAGAUCUCUGUUCACUCAAACUUGAAUGCUAAUCUCAUUUUCUGUAAGUACUUGAGACAAUUGACUAUGUUUCCUUGAUGGGCUCGUCAUUUUGCACGUGUUAUGUGCUUUAAAUUAAACAUAUAAGAAAGCAUUAACAUGUAGGAUAGCUUCAUCCAUGCAUCCUCUAGGGUAGCUUCAUCCAUGCAGCCUCUAUUGGAACUAUGUUCUGUGUUAUUGGAUUCAAUAGACUGUAAUUGAAACUUUGUUAUUCUGCAGCUAUUGGAUUUAUAGUACCCUACUUUUCUGGUAA